AUGGCGCGGCAGGCGGCGGCCGUUAGUGAAAUGGCUACUUACAAAUCAAUGAGCCACAAAGAAAUAGAAGAAUAUAUUAAUGAAGAAAUAGAGAAUGAAGACUGCUCUGAAAAUGAAGACUUUUUAGAAAUAAAUGACCAUCAGACAGACUCAGAAGAAAGUGGCGACGAACAUGUGCCUUGUGAGGAAAGUUCUUCACGAAUAUCACCAAUUAAAUAUACACAUGAGAGGCAAGGCAUUCGUCGACCUGCACCAGAUCUCCGGCGACCUGAUUUAGAUUGCGUUCCUUUGUCAAUUUUACAGAAAGGGUUCUAUAUCGGAAAAGAUAAAACCACCAAAUGGAGUAUUGAUCAACCUGUGCAAAAUACAAGAACUCGGAGUCAUAACAUUAUAACAGAAGUUCCAGGACCUCGUCAUGAGGCAUCCAACAUAACCACUCCAUUGCAAGCAUUUUGUUUAUUCUUUUGUAAUGAAAUUUUGACUAAAAUAGUAGAAUGCACAAAUAUUUACAUGACUGAGAAAAUUUUAGCAAACUUUGAAAGAGAAAGAGACUGCAAACCUACAUGUCUUAAUGAAAUUAAAGCCUUGUUCGGGCUUCUCUUCUACAUUGGAAAAUUGAGAGGAGCACAUUUGAAUUCUAAGGACUUGUGGGCCACAGACGGCACUGGAUGUGAUAUCUGCAUAUCAACUAUGUCACGACGAAGAUUUCAUCAUCUCCUCAGAUGCCUACGUUUUGAUGAUAUAAGGACAAGAGAAGCACGUAAAGUAAAUGAUAAAUUGGCACCAAUACGAGAGAUUUUCCAGCUAUUCGUAUGUAACAUUCAAAGACAUUACGUACAUGGAGAGCAUGUAACUAUAGAUGAAAUGCUUUUAGCGUUCCGUGGCCGAUGCCCAUUCCGUCAAUAUCUCCCCAGUAAGCCAGCCAAGUACGGACUCAAAAUGUUCGCUGUUUGCGACGCAAAGACGUACUAUACUUCAAAUUUGGAAAUAUACGCAGGAAAACAGAAGGAUGGGCCGUAUCAGCUCAGUAAUUCUCCUGGCGACGUAGUCAAAAGGCUAGUAGAUCCUAUAAAAGGUAGUAACCGUAAUAUAGUAAUGGACAAUUGGUUCAUGAGCGUUACAUUGAUGUCAGAUCUGCUAGACGACUUUAGCCUAACUUGUUUAGGGACGCUGAGGAAGAACAAAAAAGAGAUACCUCAAGAGUUUACACAGACUAGAGGAAGAGAGGCACACGAAACUUACUUUGGUUUCCAAAAUAAAUCCACACUUGUGUCUUACGUACCUAAAAGUGGAAAAGUCGUUCUAGUAGCAUCCACAAUGCAUCAUGAUAUUAAAAUUGAUGAACAAACUGGCGAGAAAAACAAGCCAGAAAUGAUAACUGAUUAUAACGCUACAAAAUGUGGAGUGGAUAUUGUCGACCAAAUGACAGCCACAUAUUCCGUUUCGAGACGAACUCAGAUGGCUCGAGUAGUGACAGUGACGGGGAAGUUAUUCCUGAUGGCCCCGUCGAGGAAUGGGGACUGUCUCGUGGUGAUGCACCUCCAGCCCCAACUUUUACCGGACAGGCGGAGUAACACCAGUGCCAGUUUGCCGCCACCGCCGCCUGACCCGCUCACAACAAAAGAGCCGCCGCCGUUCCGCUUGCAGCGCUCUCAGCCGAUCGCCAUACCAAUAUCGGCUGAGGAGGCAGAGCAGCGCUGCAAGCAGCGAGAAUGGCGGCUUGCCCGUGAAAACCGAUAUUGGGGCCGUGUUGCGAUAGAAUACUAG